AUGUUUAAUCGCAACAAGAAAUCUGCGGCUGAUGCCAAUGAUCUUGCUAUCGAUUCCAAUUCGAGUCCGCAAAACCAUGAAGACCCUCUCGCCAAUAUUCCAAAGACAAAAUGGGAGAGACUCUGGCCAGCUAUGGCCUGUGGUUCAGGAUUAUUCUCUGACGGUUACAUUAAUAACGUAAUCGGAUCGGUAUCUACUAUGCUCGGAGUAAUCUACGGAGACGUAUACACGAAAUCUGCCGCCGUGAAAAAUAUUUCCGCAAUCACAUUUGCUGGCACGGUUGCUGGUAUGCUCAUAUUUGGUUAUACCAGUGAUAAAUGGGGCAGAGCAAACACACUUACGCUGUCCACGGUAAUUCUUAUCGUCUUUGCUGCUCUUGGCGCUGGUUCAUAUGGAUACCACGGAAGUGUACAAGGUCUAUUCGCUGCACUUGCUGCUUAUCGUUUUCUGGUAGGAGUCGGUAUUGGAGGAGAAUAUCCGGCUGGAUCUGUCGGUUGCUCCGAAGCCUCUGGAGAAUUAAGAGAGGGCACCCGAAACAGAUGGUUUAUCAUCUUCACGAACGUUAUGAUUGAUUUCGGUUUUGUCAUUGGCGCUUUUGUUCCAUAUUUAUUGGUUGUCAUUUGUACAGAAGACCAUUUGCGAGCUGCCUGGAGAAUCUCCCUUGGACUCGGUGUAAUCCCACCAUUGCUUUUGUUCUAUUUUCGAUUAAAAUUGAAGGAGCCAGAAGAGUUUCAAAGAGAGAGCAUGAAAAAUGCCAAAAUUCCCUAUGGUCUUGUAAUUAAGUACUAUUGGUUUAGGUUAUUAAUAGUUUCCUUGAUUUGGUUCAUCUACGAUUUCUCAACCUACUCAUUCGGCAUUUACUCUUCUAAAAUUCUCAGUAACAUUUACGGAGAUACGGCGCCACUAUCUCAAUCAUUCGGUUGGAACACCGUUAUCAAUCUAUUUUAUAUCCCUGGCGCUGUCCUCGGUUCUUUCUUCUCCGAUAUGGUCGGACCUCGAUAUGCUCUUGCCAUAGGAGUCACAUUGCAGGGUAUUGUUGGCUUUAUCAUGUCCGGUUUGUACCCAGUUUUAUCUAAAGUCAAGAAUGUCCCCGCGUUUGUCGUCGUAUACGGAAUCUUCCUUUCGCUCGGUGAACUCGGUCCAGGCGACAACAUUGGACUCCUCGCGUCCAAAACUUCCGCGACAGGUGUUAGAGGGCAAUACUAUGCAAUUGCAGCCGCUGUGGGUAAAAUUGGUGCCUUUGUUGGUACUUAUGUUUUCCCAUAUAUCGAGGCAGCAGGUGGCAGUGGAAAUGCUUCUGCGCAGUAUCCAUUUUACGUCUCGAGUUCGGGAUGUAUCUUGAGUGCAGCUUUAGCGCUCUUUUGUUUGCCACAUAUUGGCCAAGAUACGAUCACAACGGAAGAUGCAGCUUUCAGAGAGUAUCUAGAGAGUAAGGGAUGGGACACCAAUCAAAUGGGUUUGGGAAAAGUGGAUAAUAUUGAAGAAUCUCCUAUCAGACAGGAGAUUGGAGAAAAGUAG